AUGAACGUCGUACGCGAAAUAAACAAGAUCAACGAACGUGAGCUCGAGCUCGGGAUUUCAGGAUCAUGGCAUGAUGAGUACAAGGAUUCUGCCUAUGUAUUUAUUGGCGGUCUGCACUUUGACCUGACUGAAGGCGACGUGAUCACGAUAUUUUCUCAGUAUGGAGAAGUUAUGGAUGUUAAUCUCCCUCGGGACAAAACGACUGGGAAGACCAAGGGAUUUGCCUUCCUUAUGUAUGAAGAUCAAAGGUCCACGGUAUUGGCUGUCGAUAACCUUAAUGGUGCCAACGUGCUGGGUAAGACGCUGCGUGUGGACCAUGUAAAGAACUAUAAACAGCCAAAGGUGAAAGGCGAAGAUGGAGAAUGGGAGGAACCCGAUGAACAGAGUUUGAAUGCCAGGCCAGAGAUGAUUAUGGAUGGACGUCCAGCAUCAGAUUCAGACGCGUCUUCGGUCAUUUCCAUCGAUCCCGAGGACCCUAUGCGGGACUACAUCUUAGCACAGAGGAAAGAGGAAAAAGCCCUAAAGAAAUCCAAAAAAUCUAAAAAAUCCAAAAAAUCCAAGACAUCUAAGAAGCAGCGUGGUGACGACGACAGGAGAUAA